AUGCAGAAGGUGGAGAUCGCUAUUCGGGUACUCAGCAUAUGCUACGCGGUGGGCAUCGGCGUCAUGAUCCUUCGCUUGCAAGGCGAGGAUACCAGCUACAUCAUGCUGCAGGUGGUUUUUACUAUGGUUUUCACGUGUCCCUGCUUGUGGGCUAUCAUUAGGUGUUGUCGCGACUACGCUGCUCGGCGCAAGAUGGUGGUGCUACCCGAGAAGAAGCCCAAGAAGAAACCCGACAUUGCCGUGGCCACCGGCAAGGCAGUGCAGCGCACACAGGCCGAGAUCCUCGCGGAACAGCGCGAGCGGGUCAAGAAUCUCCACGGUGUGGGCGAGAAGAAGCUCAAGCCCAAGGUGCCCAAGCGCAAGGGCCCUCCCUCCAAGAAGAACUGA